AUGGGCAUAAACCGAUAUGUUAGCCGACGAUAUAUUACUGUACUCAAAUAUCUUUUAUUUGCUGGAUUUGUGUAUAUUCUUUAUGGAACUUUUUUCGCUUCUACCGCUCCUCAAUCGAAGGACAUUUUCAUAGGUCGUGCAGCUAGAAUAGAAGCUCCGGCUCCUCCCGUUAGAGUGUUUCCGAAGCAGUCGGAUGGUGUGGAUCCAUUUUUGACGUAUAAAAACGAGCCGAAGAAGAACUGGGAAAAUCUUGAAGAAUACGCCGCUGACCAAGGCUCGUGUUGGGCCAGGUGGCUUCUGUAUAAAGCGAAUGGUUACAAUGCCUAUGUCUCGGAUUUGAUUUCAUUAAAUCGAUCUAUGAAAGACAUCCGCCAUCCGCAGUGCAAGCGAAUGGAGUAUCACUCAAAGCUCCCCAUGGUUUCUGUGAUCUUUCCUAUGCAUGAAGAGCACAAUUCGACCCUCUUGCGUUCUGUCUACUCGAUCAUGAACAGGUCGCCGAAAGAACUGUUGAAGGAAAUUAUACUGGUGGACGAUUUCAGCGAGAAGCCAUUUCUGAAGAAGCCUUUGGAAGAUUUUUUGAAGCAUGAGAAGAUUGACCAUAUUGUCAAAGUACUGCGGACAAAAAAACGAGAAGGCCUUAUUCGUGCGCGUCAACUGGGUGCAGAAAAAGCGACAGGUGACAUUCUUGUUUUUCUGGACUCUCACUCGGAAGCAAAUUACAACUGGUUACCUCCACUAAUCGAUCCAAUUGUUGAGGACUACAGGUUUGUUGUUCUUAGCUGUCGCUGUAGUCCUCUUUAG